CUCAACCACUCGGUCACGAGGCCGCCCCCCCAGCUUUUUCUUUUGUAAUUACUCUUUAUAAAGCAAUCUAUAGAAGUGUAUUGACCAAGUAAAUAUAGUUACUAAUCAUCCAGUUAUCUCUAUAAUGGUACUUAAGAAUUAUGGAAACUGAUUAAGCUGUAUUUAUUGAGUAGAGUUUAAAGAGCAUCCUCCUAUGGACCCAACUCUGUGGAAUACAGAGAUUGCUGGUUUGUGGUGGACCUCUGGUCUGCAAGGAGCUGAUAGUCAAGUUGAGUUGUCCUUGCAUCACUUUAUUCCUUUACAGUGGGAACGUUGAUGGAUGGGGAAAUUCAUCUAGAAAAGUGUUGAAGAAUGUGAUUGGCCCGUUAAGGAUUAAUACAUUAUUGAGAGUAGACAGAGCACACUGUUUUUUAGCCCAAAAGAAGCGAGUUAUUCAGAGAAGGAUGGGAAAUGGCAAACUACCUUCAGUGCCUUUUUGCUCACUGUCAGAAAGGCGAGUUUCCAGAGUCUUCCAGAUCAGAUUGCCUGUAUCUUUCUCACAUUUUUGAGUUCCACAAACUUUCAUUUUAUCUUCCAGUUUGCCCAAAGAUUAACACAUAUUUGUGUCUAAUCAGGGAAGGACAUGAUACCGCAUUAUGAGCACUUUUAGGUGGAAAAUCUUUGAGGGAAAUAAUUUUUAUGUCGUUUGAAAGAAAGAAGAGUCUUAGUUUUGAGUCGCUUCAAUUCUGGCAAGAGUUCAGGUCUUUGUCCUGAUAACAGAUUCAAUCUUGUUUAAGCUCUAUCUCAAUAAGAAUGUUUCAGGGGGGGAGGGAAGCACUUUCAAGUCUUUGCGUACUAUGAUCUAGAAAAUGAGGCUGACCUUAGCAGCGGAAUGCCCUUUCAGGAUCGAUCUACUUGAUCUUCUGCUUUUUUCUUUCUCCAUCCUGUUUUGUCUUGAAUCUCCAGGUGCUCCAUCUCAGAACUCUGCUAAAACUAUUGACUGUCCUUCCCUGGCCAGUUUUUCUUUUUUUUUCCCCCCCACCAUCUUCUAAAGGGACAGCUUCCAAACAAGUGCUCUUUAAAUGAAUGAUAAAUAAUAAACCUUUAUCUGUAUGUAUCCAUAUUACCAAUCAGUAUACUUAAUAACAAAAUAUGGAUAGAAAAUGACCAAUGUCACAUUUUUCGUCCUUCGUCAAAAUCAAAACCCUCUCUUUUACCCUUUGCUUUUAAAUAUGGGGGAGAACAAAUUCCUAAGAAAACGCUAAACAUAUCCAAGAAAUUGAGACAAAUAUAUGUGGACAGAGGAGGACACUGACACUAAUCUUGGCCACAGCCUGGAGUUAUUCAGAAAGGAUAGCAAGAGACAAAUCUUGGAGGUUUUCAAGGGUCAGAAAGAUGAGGAAAGCCUGGAUAUUGAGGUGUCACAGAAGCCAAGGGUACUGUUUCAAGAAGGAGGAAGUGGUCAGAAGUGUCAAGUGCUGCUAAAAUAUCAAGUAUAAAGAGGACUGAAAGAUAUGGUUUGGAUUUAGGGACUUGGAAGUUAUUAGUGAGCUUUACAAGCAUUGUUUCAGGGGAGUUAUUAUGGGGCUUGAAGUCAAAUUGGUAGGUUGAGGAGCCAGUGGAAAAUAAGGAAAUUGAAAGGUAGAUACGGACGCGUCCAUCAAUUCAGCGGAAGAGAGUAAUAGGAUGGUGGCUGGAGGAAUAUAGGGAUAUGAGGACUAGGAAAAACUUUAUUUUAGAUGGGAGAUUCUUGAACAGGUUGAAAAGCUGAUGAGAAGGGAGCUAGAAGGGAUGGGUUGAAUAGCCAAGAGAGACCGUAUAAUAGAUAGAUGAUGUUAGGUUCCUGAGAUCCACAAUGACCCCAGACCCAAGAAUCAUCUUAGAAUAGACCUGAGAUACAAGAUUCACCUGGAAAAGACCCCAUUUUCAGGUGGCCUCUGGAUUUAGGAAACCCAAGGUUCACCAGCCUGGCCUGAAGUUUGGAAGGAAGAGGAACUGACAUACCAUUUGCUCCUUCUUUGACUCUAAGGAUCUCAGAGUUAUGUUGGAUAUAAUAUCAAGCCUUGAAAAAUAAGGAAAAGAGCAGGUAGUGAGGAUGUAUAAGAUUACAAUAAAAAACUAGAUGUGGCCAAUCAAUUCAUUACAGGUGAAUCUAGCUUUGCCAUAACCUGAAAGAGGUGGGUGGUCAGGCAACUAGAUUUUGUCUCAAGGUGGACUUGUAAAUGUUGAAAGCUGUCACCAAAGAAACUAAGGUGGAACCAACAUAUUAGCUGGGGGAAAAUGCCGAGAGCCGUAGAUCUUGGUGUGCCUGGGAAAAGCCAGAAUUUAAAAAAUAAAAAUAGCUGUGAUGAACAAAUAGCACCCUUUUGACUCCUCAAUUGCACACUACUCCCUCUGUGUCCAUUUUGAGAGCUCGCCACCAAGAUGUCUAAGACGUGAAUCACUGGGCAAUGCUUUGGGGACAUGGCAAUGCUAAUUAUAUUAAGUACCCAUGAUUAGCUGUCUAGUCUUGUAUUUGUAUGUAUAACUUAACCUAAUCAAAGACUCCCUUCAGCCAAGCUGGCCUUGUUGAUUGCCUGUGUUGACCGCCAACAAUUUCAUCAGGGAGAAGGCUAAUGGGGAAACUGGAGGCAGAUUGUGUUAUGAUUUAUAUGGGGCCAUGAAGGUAGUGUUUCUGUCAGUGAGAGCUCUGAAUAGAUGCUGUGGGUAGUUGGAUAUGACUGAGAUUUUUCAAAACUUGGGAGGCAUGUUACAUUUGGAAAUUCCCCAGUGAAACAUCAGAGAUUUAAUAAAUUAUUAAAGUUUUGUGUUCUUGCCUUCUGUGACAUCUCUCCCCUUUAUGCUUCAUCAAUGUUUGUUUCCCCAGUACGUGUUUGUUACUGUUCUUAGUUUAGGAAGAUACAGGAAAAAUCCCAAGUUAGUACAUACCCUCUAGGGGUGAUUCUCUAGUCCUUUUGUUGGACACAAACCCACAAAAUAGCCCCAUUUGUAGGCGCAUGUAGGAGUAAAAGAAUUCAGCUUCCCUGAUGGUGGGGUAGGCUGAAUUCCCAUGGAUGUCUGUUAGAAUCCUGUACAUCAAGGGAGGAACAAGGGCAUCUUCCCGACUCAUUUACAUCAUUUUCUGAGCUUGGAGAGAACAUCCAAAGGCAGGACCAUACACGGGUACUUGACUGUUUAUCCCUUUUGAAAGCCCCACCCAUCAGGUCUGUAAACUAGUUAUAUUCCGUUACUUAGGUAAGGGAGUAAAGUGGGAAGGGAAGGAGUGGAGAGGAGACCAAAGCUGGAGAGGCCAGCAUUCUCCUGGGUUAUUUUAUGUUUUCUUGUGUUAAUCCUAGGGGCUUACGUGUGAGGUCUGUGGUUAACUAGGUUUCUUCUUGGGGGAAAAAUAGUCUUACCAGCAUCUUUGGGCUGCUUUCCCAAUUCUUAGUAAUCCCCUUAGAACCUAUGAAAUGGGCAGAUUGGCCACUCAAGACUUUCAGUGAGUGACUCUUUGAUGUCACACCCAGGAGCUUCUGAAAUGGGUCAAGAGAGAUGCCCUGAAGCCACAUUGUACGUGAAGUUGUCACAUGUUCUUCUCUUUCCCAUCUCAGAUUGCACUGUUAUGUUGUCCACCCAAGCUGGCCGGAGGAUCCUAGAAGCAGCCCAGGGCUCUCAGGAGUAUACCGUGAAGCCUUCCCUCUCGUGAGUCCCAGAUUGAAGACAUCAUUACAAAGAUGCAAGAUGACAAGACAGGCGGUGUGCCCAUCAGAACAGUCAAGAGCUUUCUCUCCAAAAUCCCCAGUGUUGUCACAGGUACUGACAUUGUGCAGUGGCUUAUGAAGAACCUUUCCAUCGAGGACCCAGUUGAAGCAAUACACGUGGGGAGCCUUAUCGCUGCCCAGGGCUACGUCUUUCCCAUCUCAGACCACGUUCUCACCGUGAAGGAUGAUGGCACCUUUUAUCGUUUUCAGGCCCCGUACUUCUGGCCUUCGAACUGCUGGGAGCCUGAAAACACCGACUAUGCCAUCUAUCUCUGUAAGAGGACAAUGCAGAAUAAAGCAAGGCUGGAAUUGGCAGAUUAUGAAGCAGAAAACUUAGCAAGACUCCAGAGGGCCUUUGCAAGGAAGUGGGAGUUCAUCUUUAUGCAAGCAGAAGCACAAGUAAAAAUUGAUCGGAAAAAGGACAAGACAGAAAGGAAAAUUCUGGAUAGCCAAGAACGGGCUUUUUGGGAUGUCCACAGGCCAGUGCCAGGCUGUGUGAACACAACAGAAAUGGAUAUCAGAAAAUGUCGACGAUUGAAGAAUCCACAAAAGGUUAAAAAGUCAGUAUACGGAGUGACUGAAGAGUCCCAGUCGCAGAGCCCCGUGCACAUCCCCAGCCAGCCAAUCAGGAAAACUACAAAAGAGGACAUCCGGAAACAGAUAACAUUUUUGAAUGCACAGAUUGACAGACAUUGUUUAAAAAUGUCCAAAGUGGCUGAAAGCUUAAUUGCUUACACUGAACAGUAUGUGGAAUAUGAUCCUUUGAUCACACCAGCCGAGCCAUCCAAUCCUUGGGUCAGCGAUGACAUCGCUUUAUGGGACAUAGAGAUGAGCAAAGAGCCCAGCCAGCAACGGGUAAAGAGAUGGGGCUUCUCUUUCGACGAGAUAUUGAAGGACCAGGUGGGGAGGGACCAGUUUCUACGAUUCCUGGAGUCCGAAUUCAGUUCCGAAAACCUCAGGUUCUGGUUGGCUGUCCAAGAUCUCAAGAAACAACCCCUACAGGAUGUGGCCAAGAGGGUGGAAGAAAUCUGGCAAGAGUUUCUGGCUCCGGGAGCCCCAAGUGCAAUCAACCUGGAUUCUCACAGCUAUGAGAUAACCAGUCAAAACGUCAAAGAUGGAGGGAGAUACACGUUCGAAGAUGCCCAGGAGCACAUCUACAAGCUGAUGAAGAGUGACAGCUAUGCCCGCUUCCUCCGCUCAAAUGCUUACCAGGACUUGCUGCUGGCCAAGAAGAAGCCAGAAAGUGAGCAAGGUCGUAGAACUUCCUUAGAAAAGUUCACUCGCAGCGUGUGUCUGCAGCUUCUCCUCGAGGGAUGGAUUUGCAAAAGACCCAGCCGCUCCCUCUGCAGAAGGUGCACGCACGACCGCCCAGCCUCGGGCCUCGCGUUUGAUCUUCUGUUCGGGGCUUUGAGGAGGAAGGACCCGGCUGCCUUGGGGCUGCGUGGUUUGUGCAUCUUCUGCAGCAGCCCAGGGAGAAAGCCAUCGAACUAUACCAUGAAAUAAAUUGGCUCAGAACUGUAGCUCAUCUAAAAAAGAAAAAAUUCCAAAUUUCCCCCUGUGAACUCUGGCAAUGAUGCGGGAGUGGGUCGCGAGCUGCUGCUGCUGUGUGGGCGGCUUUGGCGUGUGCAGAAGGCGGCCGUGCUGCAUGGGUUCUGGCGAUGUGGUCUAGCUGGCGUGUGUGUUGGUGGCCUCUGCAUGAGUUCAUUCUUUACAGUCCCCUGUCAGCCUCAUUUGCCUAGUGUGACAGGGAGAGGAGAGCAGUAGCUUUGUGAUGGAGGGCGCAACAAAUCCUUGCACUGUCCCUGUGCUCCCAGGAGCAAGGUCUGGUCAAGUUCCCCAGGCCCUGACUCUGAUAGAGGGAGUAAAGACCGGAUACAGGUUCACUGUCCUUGCAGGAAAGUGGCCUUAUCCCCAUGCACACCCAGCUUAGAGGGUGGUAGAGACCACCACUGUGGCACAUUGGAGACCCCAUGGUCAAGGUGAGGGUGCUGAAUGAGUAGGUCUUCCCUGUGGCACGUGGGAGAGAUUCUGUAUUGUGGUCUGUAAGACAGCACAGACCCAUCUCCCCUUUCCAUGCUGUCCUCUGCAAGAUUUGAGCAUAGUGCUUGAUGCACAAGAGGUACUCAAUCCUGCUCAUUCACUUACUCAUCCAAAACCAGCUGCUGAGUUCAUGGGACCCAGCCUGCACUGUUAACAUCAAACCAAAGGGAACCUAGAUGGCAGCUGGGGAGCAGGGAUCCCAUGCAUGGAACUGGCCAAAUUUCCCUUCUCAAAGAGUCGCAGCCCACUGAUGCUGACUUGCCAUUUUCCCCCCUCUGUUGAUGAGGAAAGUCCUUGUAAAACCUGACUACUGUGUGAUUUGUAUCUUUAUUUCAUCCUUUUAACGUGAAAUCUAAGAAUUCUGGGUUGAAAGCAACCUAGUCAUUUACCUAUCAUAGCUAGAUGCAUUUUAAUUGAAUUUAAACAUUUAUUUUGAAUUUGCCAAAUGUAAAUAUCACAAUAACUCUAGUGGGUGGCACUUACAAUAUGGUUGCUUAUCCCUUCUCUUCUUUGUCUUCCCUCUCUAUGGUCUUUCCUCGUGAGAGGUCAGAACUUGCAGAAUGCAAGGCAUACUGGCCCCUUGUCUGUCUUAAUGGCUGGUUUGCCAUGGCCAUGUGGCUUCACACACCAAGAAGAUGCCACAGGCUGUCAGAGGCAAGGCCUAUAGAGUUCUUUCAUCCCUGAGGUCCCGAUAGAGAGUGGUGAGAACCCAUCCCUCCCAGUCUCUUUUGAAGCCUGGAUGCUGUGCAUGGAGAAUGUUUAGGGAUUUUGUUGACAAGCCUAGAGUGUACUGUGAGGCAGCUUGGACUGUCAGGUGCACACUGCGGGAAAGCCGAACUCCCACAGACCCUUGGAGGCCCUCCAGGUUGACUGCGUGGGCUGAGGGUGGAGCGAGGAAGCCUGGUACUCAGACAAGAUGUCCAAACAUCUGCAGGCUGCUUUUCAUGAGAAGGGGUAUCCAGAAAGGCAAGAAUGAUCUCGAUGGAGCUCUGUGCAGAGCGCUGAUUGACGUCCCUUCAUCCCAGAAGUGCUGUUGGUUCAGUGCUUCUCCAAGGUCUGUUAACAAAGCAUUUGGAACAAGAAAGCACCAGACACCUUCCAAGUGUCUGAAGUGUGCGCUUGGGACAACUUCCGGAGAUGUUUUUAGGGCCCACUGAAAGAGAAAAAUCUCCUAACUCUUGAGAUUUUUAGCAUCUAUAUGAUAAAAGGCCCAAACUUAAAAAAUUCCUAAAUUCCCUGUUGUUCUUUUAUGAAGACUCUAAUGGGUGGUACUUUCAGAUAUUUGGUUCCAGUGGUGGAUUUGGAAAUGGAUUUGCAUGGAUCCAUCCAUGCUCUUUGUGCUCUUGGGGUAACACCACAUCUUCACAAGAUGUGACCGAGUUUGAGGGUUUGAGGCAAUGGCCCAAGGCUGUAGUGACAACUCUCAGAGUACUUGGAACCCAAGAACUGGUAUCAACAGCCCCGUGUUCUAGUCAAAUGGAAUUAACAAACCAACCAACCAAUAUGCCUUGCAAUUUGAUAGCCAUUUUCUGGAUAUAAUAUACAUACAGUGCUUGGUUUCUCUAAAGGAAGGUUUACGUGAAUAUUUCACCUGCUAGACACUGCAACCUAUAAAACUCAAUGAAAGUCUAGUUCAAUAGCAUUCUCAUGGUGGUGGGAAAUGUGUGUAAAAAGACCAUCCAUGUCAUGGGGCUAACAAUGGAAAAAUAGGAGAGUGAAGCUGGGUAGCUCUUAGACUAAGGAUGUGAGGCCAGCUGCCAUUUAGGACAAACUGGUGGCAAGAAAUGUUGAUCCAGGGGGUUUGUUAGCUCAGUCAGCUAGCUUCUUAUCAAGACUGAGUCUGAAUACAGAAUUUCUCCCAUGCCAAUGUCCUUUGUUUUAAGGAGGAACGUUUGGAGGAAGCAAAUUGUUCUUUCCAAGUCUCGAGGUGUAUCAUGACAUGGAGGGGUUAUCUGUUGAAGGCCACAGGUGCCCCCUGGUACAGGAGAUCCUUGGGAGCCGUUUAAUGUGAUUCCUGGUAGCUGCUGAGGCUAUGCUAGUUUGGUGCUGAAGGGGCCUUGCAAUCCCCGAUAGAGGCAAUGCUGUAGGAGCUCCUCGUCCCAGUGGAAGUUUCAUUCUGAGUUACCCAGAACUUGAAUAUCAAAGCAAAUGUUGGGGAAUAUGGUGUGCCGAGUAUGGUGUGGUUUGGUGGACUAGGGCCACAGAGCCUGCAGAAAGCCUGCUGAUUUGACGGGGAAGGCCCAGGUGCAGAACCAAACAUAACCGAAAGUCCUUGACAUGGCACAACUUGCCCAUGUUGCACCUUUAUUCAGAACAGAAAACAGGACUCCCUCUAACAGGCCAGCCCCACAGAUGCCCAGCUGGCCAAGCAAAGCGUAAGCUGGAUUUCAGCCCCUACUUGACCCUCAGCUGCCCUUGUGCAGUGAAUGACUCACACCACUGUGCCUGGUAGCCCUGGUCCGAGGAACCCCCAUCUCAAGAAGAGCUGUAACACAUAGCAGCUUCUCAAGGGGGUGCCCAGACACGGCCUCAGGUCAAAUGAGCAGAGCCUGUCUCUCCCUAGUCCUGUCCACUGGGAAGCUUCCUUUCACAGUGGCUAUAAAACAUGAGAGCCACAGUAAGAGCGAGCUGGCUCAUUGUUGUGGGGUGCUUCACGUCACCUUCCAUCUCCCCUUCAGGUUCUUUGGUGGGAAGUCCCAGGCAUUACCGGGGGGAGUGGGGGACUUGCCUCACUAAAGACUACUUCCUACUUCUCAGUGCCCACCAGCCUGCCAUUCUCUGCUGUCUUACUGGUUUUUGCAGUUGACAGAUGACAAUGAGGGUAGGAGGAUGGCCAGAACUGAAAGGUUCUCCAUCCCCCUCAUGCUCAUUCCUUCAGGGUCAACCACAAAGUGGGGAGGGCCUCACCAGAGGCUGCCUCUGACAUAUAGGACCAGGGGGGUGCAUCAGAGAAGGGUGAGAGGAAGCAAAGAGCCUUCAGCCAAGGCUCAGCAGCAGCAAUUUGAUUGUCCCUUUUCGGAUGGUGGCUGAAGCCAUCUGAUGAGAUCUCUACCCUGGGGAGGAGAAGCUGGUGAAAGUCCUCUGCAUCUCAUGCACAGUUCCAUGGAGUGACGGCACUUAGGGUAGGAGAAGUGGCAGCCUCAAGUGACCGUGGCAUCAGCCUCCCUGGACGCCUGUGCCUUGGAGCUCAGUUGAAGCCUUAGCUGCCCGCUUGAGAGCCUCAUCAGCUGUAGCCUUGGGCUCCAAAGAUGGGCAAUGGGCAUGCUGGUGCCCAAGCAAGCACUGGAGGCACAGAGGAGAGCGCAGAUGGGGACCAAGUGUUCAUCCCUCUCCUGAGAGAACAUCGCAGUUGAGCUUUGUCAAGGUGCUCCUUGGAACUGAAACAGGAAGGGCCGGAAGUGGAGGGAGCCUUGGCAUGUGCUGAGUGGCAUCUCCUCGACAGGCAUUUCUGUCCUGCCUGCCAAGGAAUGCAGCAGGAAAGUCAGAUGGAGAUCAGGAAGCUCUAGGAGCCAGCUGUCACCCACCCUCCCUCGCCCCCUCCCUCCCUCUCCUUUUCCUCCCUCCCAGGCCAAAAGCCAAGAAAAAGCUAAAGAGACCUAAAAAGUCAGCAAUUCACCUCCCCGCCUUCCAGACAGCUCUGCAGGAAGAAACCCCCAGCUCCAGGCCCAGGUGCUGAACCGGAAGUGGAAGGCUGAGAUUCCUGGCAGGCCAGGCAGAGGGCAGACCACCAGGGCGCUCCGCCAACCCCGCAUUAGCAGCUCCCUCCCCCAGGAGGUUUUUUCCCCCUCCCUCAGCAUGUGAUUGGGACCAACCAUGCACUCUGGUGGACUGCGUUCUCAAAUACCCUGACUCAGCAGAGCCCCAGAGGGCUUUGACCUCAGUGGAAAAACUCCUUUCAGGCCUCCCGCAAGGGACAAUUGGCUAAAAAUCUUUAAACAGAGUUGGUUUCGAUUGCAAGCAGUCCUUGGGCCCUUUGGGGACCACUGGGUCACAGACCAUAGCGCCAGCCCUUAGAUCCAGCAGUAGCCUGCCUGGGGAUGGAGUUGGACUUCCAUAGUAGCAUUUGGGAGGGAAAGCAUGAAAAUCUGCCUCUCUCGAGCAGUGGAGACUUCUCCUGGGACUCUGAAACUUAGCAGCCCCCAUGUUGCAGAGCAGCUCCUGCUUCUAGCCUCAGUUGCUUGCCGUGUGACCUCAGGCAAAUCACUAGCCCUCCCUGAGCCCUGGUUUUCUCCUAUGUACAAAGGCUUGGACUAGGUAAUCUAAGGACUUUUCCAGCUGGGAGCAUUCUACAGGUCUGUCUUCUCUCCAUCCUGAGAUUUCUGAGUUGUGCUAAUCGUCCUUCAGAAUGAGAGAGGAGCUGCCUUCCUGCCCAGGAAGUGGCUGCCAGCCUUCGACACCAGGGAAAUAAACCAUGGAUAGAAUUGGGUUGGGUGUGGAUUUAAGAUCCUUUCACAAGGAUUUGAGGAUAAAGCCCCGGCAGAACGAAGGAUGCCGCAGUCUUCCAGCCUCAGGCCUGCCUGCUCCCUCCAUUGCUCAGGGCUCACUCAGACACAGCGACCCCUGGAGGGCAGGGAAGGAGACGUCACAAAGAACGGGGUAAGCAACACACAUCCUGUCGAUCUUGCGGGUUCUACAGUCCCCGCCCUUCCGGGAUGGACGCCCAGCCUGGGUGUGUUGAGAGCCGGCGGCGAGGGGGGUGUCAGCUGGGCAGAAGGGCGGGCUCCAGUACGCGUGCUGCCGCAUCGCCCCGCCGUUGUGGGGCCUGGGAAGGAAUGAAAUGUGAGCGUCCCGCUGCUGCUCACCUGCUACCACGCUUUGCAGUUCCUUGGAGAGCUCCGGGCAGACUGGCCACUGCCCUCUCUUAGAGAUGGGCCAGAGAGGUCACAAGAGGCCGUGUGAGCCUGGUUACAGUCAGUGGUAGAUUGUCUCCUCUGGUCUCUAUCCCUCUCUCUCUAACUUGGCUCCAAGUGAAGUUUGAAAAAGCAUAUUCAAUAUUAUAAUUUUGUAGCUGGAAAAUGAAAAUGUUAAAGUCUAUUUUUUUAUAAACAAGCUAUAAAAUGUAAGACAACCACACCAGCCCGGCUGGUGGGAUGCGGAGAAGACCAAAUGAUGAAGUGGUUCUCCGUGAUGGGGGGUUUGGGGAGUCUUUCUGAAUCCCUGGAGAAGGCUGAGAUUUUUUUAUUUAUCGAGAAGGGUCAGAGGUUGUCAUUUUUGAGACACUCAGCCCUAGACCCUGCCGCUUUAGGAGGAAUCCCCAGCUGCUGCAGCUGAUGGUUCAACCUGUCAACCAAAAGCUGCCAAAAAUGCCCUCCCCGUGGAGUGCCCACUCAGAGAAGAAACGCAGUGGUGACUCAGCUUCCCGACACGGGGUGAGCAAGGCUCUGCUGCCCGCCUCCUCCUCUCCCCAGCCCUCGCUCUCGCCCCACGCAGUCCCUCUCCUGCCUUCCCCAGACCCCAAUGUGCCGAGCAGUCAAGUGAAAAUCAAACUCCUAUGAGGCAGAAAGGCACAGCUGUGUGUUUACAGCCACUGAUUCAGAUCCAAUUCGCAUACCCUGCCAGUCUCCCGCAAGGCAGGCUGGGGGCAAACUCUGUAUGUGUGUGCCAGGCGGGGAUCUAUUUCGGGAGGUGACCUGCAGCCCUUUGCCAUAACAGAGCCUUCCUCCCCGCCCCCCCCCGCCCCCCCCGAAAGACGUCCUUCUAGAAGGAGCUCUCACUUUAGAAGUGGCUGAUGGGGUUGUGGGAUUUCAGCCUGUUCCUUGUCACUUGUACAGUCAGACUUCUGGCGCCUGUCUCCAGGCAGCCACAGGGGAAUGGCUGUGGGCUUUCAUCUGUCCAGUGAGCCGGCCGAGGGUGACGGUGACUGCAGGGCCCUCCGCGGAUGAACAGCGGGAAGGGCGGACCUCUCAGGGGACAGGCCGCCCAUUUCUGGAGAGGACCGACUCGGUCCUGCCAGGGCGAGCAGUGGCACCACAGAGGGUGCAGGAGAGAGAAACCUCCAGGCGUUAGGCUUUGGAAUAAGCAGGAACUCAGGUAGGGACAAAGCUGUCAAUGUCGAGGCCAGGGAGAGACCCAACUCUGCCUGUGUCCAGACUGAAGAGUUAGAAGUCAGAGAGCUGGAGGUCUCAGGACUUGGAAGGCUGAGAAGUGAGACCGCCAUGGCGUUCCCCCCAGAAUGAGCUCCUGGUGAGAACAAGUCGGGAGUCUUCCCUUUUUUUAAGCAGCACAUGAGUGUCUUUGUUCAUAUCGAGUUUGGGAAGCAUGGCAUUCUGGAAGGAGGGCAGGAUACAAAUGCAUAAGUGGGAACAAUCUGUAAAACGUCACAAUGAAGCAGAAUGCUAAGUGGGACACUGCAGGGGAGCUGAGAAGAUCAGACUCAAAGAUCCCAGCCUGGAAGGUAUUGCUCAUUUGGUAGAUGAUGGAAUUAUAUUUGAAAAGGCUCUCCUUCAGGUGGGAUGAUGGGUCAAAAACAACUAGAUAAAAUUUAACCAGAUAAAAUUUAUCUUAAAAACAAUUCAGUCUGACAAAUACAGGAUGACAUUUGUAGCCUUCACUUUAAUUCAGGUAAAAAAAUUGGGGGAUUGUCAUUGACUGCGAGUUUAAUCUAAGUUAAAGCAGGAUGCAACUGCUUUCUUUGAAAAAUAAAAAAAAGCAACUUUAGGCUUCAAUGACAAAAGUGGCAUGCCCGAAGAGAGAGAAGUGUGCUUCUGCUUUCUGUGUUGAGUCUUGGUUCUAAGCCCCCACAUUUUAUUAGGAACUUUCACAAACUAGAAAAAACUCAGAAGAGAAUAACUGGGGACCCUGGAAGCCAUGUCUGCUGAGACUGCAGUGGAUAAAGAUGUCCAGCCAUAAGGAGACUUGAUAAGCAUAGUGGGAUAUAUUUAUGUUUGUCUUCCAGAGUGAGUGGACUUUUCUGGAUAGCUCUAGGCAAAGCUAGCACAGAUGGGUAGAGGAUAUGGGGAGUCACUCUACUGAAGAAUAUUCUAAAGUAGCAACUUCCCAACGAUGGAAUAUGUCACCUCAAGAAGCAGUGAGCUCCCUGGAAACAUUCAGAAGCUGAAUGGCCAAGGAUAUUGUCAAGAAGGUUUCUGCAUUGGAUUCCAUCACCUCCUCCAACUGGAAUCUUAUGAUGCAUUAAAUAUUUGUUAAAUGGAUCCCGCUGCAUUUUAUUCUGUGGUUUAUAAAUACGCUGUGGAAAAGGAGAAUGGAUCGUAUGGAGGGAGUUUGCUGAGAUUGGAGGUGAGGGAUCCAGGAGACUGAUUAGACUCUGCCGUGAGGGAGAAAAAGCCAGAUGAUGGCACAAAGCAAGGGAAACUGUCAAGGAGUGGAAUGACUGCCCUCCACAUGUCAUCCUUGCCUGUUGUUUUGGGUUUUUUUUUUUUAAGCCAAUUGCUGCUGCUGCAGCUGAGCUCUGGGCAACAGGACUCUCUCUCUUGAAUGCCUGAAAGGAGGUCAGCGAGCAGAGGACACAGGCGCCCGUUGGCACAGUGAGGCUGAGCACAGCCAGAGCGGGCAUGUGCGCGGGGCACCCUGGCUCUGCACUGGAGAAAGCUUGGCCUGUCACAGUUCCCAUCCAGAAAGGGUGUUUUGUCGAAAGCAGAAAAGAUGAUAAAGCCAAUUGCCUCUACCCAGUGCCAGUUGCAGAUUCCAGGUGGGCAAGCUGGCACCAAAAACAUCUCAGCCUGGCCAGGAGAAGAACAUGCCCCCAGAGGCCUUAGACAGAGGAGACACUGCCCUCCCUGAGCCCCCUCCUUCUGGGCCCUGCCUCAAGGACUCAUCUUCAACUCAACCCAACUUGGAAACCUAAGGGUUCUUGUGUCACAUUCUUGCCAGCUGUCCUGAGGACAGACCGGAUUGCAAAUGACACUCCCUCCUCUCUCGGGCCUCGCCAGGGCUGCUUUCAACUCAUCAUGGGAUUGUAUAAUUAUGGUGAUUACAGCUUAUGGCUCUUUUCCUCUCUUCAUCUUUUGCUUUCAGAUUCUUUGAGGCCUCUCAUUAAACAUGGCGGUCCCGGUAAAGUCAGCAAAGUUUUAAUAAGACAUUUUUUAAAGCGAAAGAAAACCCAGUCAGAGUUGAUUAUUGCCGUGUUCGCUCACAGUCCUUUAAAACUCUGCUGGGCACGACUGGCACCGGGAUGUAAGUGGUAGGGGAGAGAGAGGUCCAGGAGUGCGGAGGGCACCCAUACUUUUUCACAGGGUUGGAGAACCGUUUUACACCCUGCCCCUGGACUUUCUCAUUUGCAAUAAGAGCAUGGUGCAUCUGAACCCCCAUGCUUAAUGGGAAAAGACAGGCUGUCAAGCAAGGAUGGAGGGCCUGGCCUUUUCCAUCGUAGCAGAUUAAAUUGGAAGAUGGAGAUGGAGCAACCGAUGCAAAACUCAACCCAACCUUGUAAUCUGAAGCAAAAGCAGUGAGGAAAUUCUGAUGAGUUCCCCGUCCUGGAUGAUACUGGAAGGUUCCAGGGGAUCCAUACUCUAAAUAUACAAAGUGGUCAACCAUUAGCAUUUGUGAAUGAUCCCUCUCCAGUGGUCAUAUGCUUGAUGGAGGUUUCCUUGGUAAUGACACAGCCCCAGAGCACAGGAUUUGCUAACCCUCAAUCAUAGCUUUCCUGAAUUGUUUCUAGAUCUGUGGGACAUUAUGAGAGGGAUCACCAGGACAGGGUGUGGGUGAGCUGGUGGCCACCAGAGUUCUCGAUCUGCCCUGCAGCAGCUUCACUCAGAUUUGGUGUCAAGUCCCCUCCCUUUCCCUACUCCCCAGGACUACAUGGAUGACUGCACAGCGAGGUGCAUCUUGCUCCAGCAGGAGUGUGUUUUGAGAGGUCCCCAAUUGGCCCUUGAUGGCUGCCCACCUUGAGUCAUCCAGACUGCUCCUUACCCUGUCAUAGCCAGCUCUCUGGGGUGUGACUGAACAACACCAACCACCCAGAGUUAAAUGUUGUCAAAAACCUGGCAGUGACGUUUCCCUCACUUGCCUUCUCCUCCCCUACUCAAGAUGGUCUGCUGUCUUUGCCUCUUGAGAACAAUGUCCCAUUAGUGCCCACCAGAAUGUAGAAAAGUGGGCUAAGUUAGAGAUGGGCAACCUCGGCUGAAUCCUGUUUCUCCGCCUAAUAUUGGUAUUAGACCCUGGCAAGUCGCUCACUUGCCUGAUGGGUCUAAUGAAGCCUGAUGCACGGGGUGGAUGUUGGCACUAAAGGAGGGGAUAACAGCCGUAGCUGCUGUUUCGUGGGGCUCACAGUGUUACGCCGUGGGCGUCCAAGUGAUGCUGAGCUUGGCCUGAGAGGGACUUUGCUUCUGCUCCAGCUCUGCCCCUUAGCUGUGUGACUUGGGCAGCCCCUCUAAGCCUCAGUUUCCUCAUCUGUAAAAAGGAGCUAAGAGUAAAUGAUUAAGUGAGAAAAAAAUACCUAAGCUGCUCAGCUCAGUGUUUAUAGUGUACGUGUGCAAGUGUAGCUCUUCGUAUUAUUAUUUUCAUUAUUAUGAUAUUUGCAGCCCAUGCUUAGCUCUUAUUACCUUACUUAAUUUCCAACAAUAUUCUGCGAGGUAGGUAUCAUAUUUAUUUUGCAGUUGAGGAUGAGUAUGUGGGUAUCUCUUUGUGACAAUGUGUGCAAAGCACAUUUGUUUAGUAUAGUGACCAGCUUAUGGAAUUACUCAAUAAAUGGUAGCUAUUGUUAUUGGCUUAUUUUUAAAGUUGACUCUGAGAGCCAGUUUCUCUGCUUUCCCUGGGAAUGGAGGGACCAUGGUGCUCAGCAGGCCAGCUUCUGUCCUGUAAUCCAUUUCUUGGGCCCCUAAGUGCUUUCUGGGAUGCUGUGAGAACUGUGGGGCUUCUCGCUGUGUGGUGCUGGGAGGUGGAGAGAGCCACCGGAAAAAUGUGGUGUAGGUUGUCAGGAUCUGGCAUUUGCCCCCCUACUGAGGCACAGGACCCUGAGACGCCUCCUGCUUCCGGACACAGAUCAGGAAUGGUUCUCCCCCUGAUAAGAGCAUGAAAUCCAGUCCUCCAGACGUAGCGCUCUGCACGGCAGAAGCCUCGUUCCCAGAAACCCUCACCUCUCAGCUGUCUGCCUGGCUGGAGCCACCCUGAGCAACACAACCUCACCAAGCCUGGUUGCUCCAUCUGCCAGAUAAACAAAGGCUUGUACUUUUUAACCACAUACUACAGAGUGGGGUUGUCAGAAGAGUCAGAAGCAAAUGGCAGGGGAUGCUUUGAAAUCCCCCAUAAACCAGCCCCCCGUGGUGCACGCUCCUACUGCUUGUAGUAUUGACAGAAACAGAAGCAGAGAGGCCAUUUCCAUUGACAUGAACGGCUUUUUCCUGGGAGAGUCCGGGUUUUAUAUAUGUAUCUUAAGGUAAAUGCUUUAAGUUUGCAGUGUUUGUCAAAGAUUGUCAUCUCAGAAGCCUGAUAGAAAGCUCUACAACCCGUCACGUGGUUGCUUAUGCACCUUGCAUGAGAUGCUUAUGGAAGUGCCUGCAGUGUAAACAUGCACAUGAACGUGUGCACAGCUGUAUAGACAGGUGCAUGUACUGCCUGCCUGAUAGACACCUCUGUGUUCAGUGUAUGGACGUGUGUAACAUACGCUGCAGACCUGCAUGUGCCUGUGCAUGGACUGCAUGCCUGCUGCAGCUGUAUGCGUGUCUGGGCAGGGGCUCCCUUAAGCCACAGGUCUUCAUGGUUUCAGCUGGAUAAGUUAUUCUUCACUUCCCUUCCUAAAAACACAAUUGCCUAGUGCUGCUGGCGCAGAGUCAGAAUGGCCGCUGCGUUUCACCCGCGAGGUGGCUUCCUUCCAGCAGUGGGUGAGUGACCCCGGCGUCCGCACUCUCUAACCUUCUUUGGGAGCCUUCUGCACAGAAGGUGCUCCCAAAUCCAGAAGAGAUGAUCCGUUUGUCCAUGGCCUCAUCUCCACCCACCACUCCUGUUCUCACACUCUGGUUCCAUGGACAGCCAAUGGCGCCCAGUUUUUGGUGUGCUCAUUUUUGCACUCAUAGUUUUUCCUUCCUAAGAAACAAGCAACUGAGGGGUCUGGAAAUGAUGCUGAGAUGAGUGCCUUGUCCCAGAGGCAAUGUGCAAAUAUUGUCUUUUGGUGUUGAUCCUGUAACUCACUUCUCUUGGACCCCUAGCAGAACAAGACAAAAAAGCCUGCUACCUUUGAAGAUGCUUUUAAAUCCAACAGCAGCAUCCUUAGGCUCCAUCUCUCGGUUACAGCUUCCACAACCCUUCCUGUGUGGCCCAGGGCCCAGUCCUGUAGGACACUUGGAAAUCUCAUAUUUCUACAUACUAGAGCACCGGGGGAGAAGAGGGCUGGGGGACCACCCAUCUGCUAUCCUGUAGGACUGAAAGCAUUGCAGCAACAUGUGACAGGGUCUAUAGGGGAGUAAGGAGGUUCUCAGUGCCUAGGAAUUCCAUUGACCCAAGUUUCUGUCCAGAGAUCUCUUGAAAAUGCUGCUUGACCUGUCCCCUACUGCACUUUUUCAGGUUAGAAAUACAUGUCUGAUAAAUGCCUGUUGAACUGCUUUCCUGGUGGUAGGCAUGAAAAAGAAGUGUGCUGGCCCUCUUUGCAAAUGCUUCCAAAUAGACGUAGACAUUCAUAGAAAGAUUAUGCUUUGGGUCAGUGGGGGCGGUGCCUUCUAGGCUCUGCCUUGGCAGCUGGCUUAACCAGGGACCCCAAUCAAUGGGCGUGGUUGGGGUGAAUGUGUUUGUAGGAGAUGAGAAAUGCCCUUAGGAAGGUGAAAUUAGGGUCUUCCUGGGUCGUCGGGGGAAUCACACACUGCCAAGCAAGCGAUUCAUCCUGCUGUCUGGUCCACAAUUUUGUGUUUCUAGACUCCAGUGGCACUCUCCCCUGUAACCAUCAUCAAAGGUCACCUGAACUUCCCAGUUAGAAAAAAGUGGCAUCAAGUUGUUCCAAUAGCAACACAGCCAUAUCUCUGUUUCCUUGAGUCUUUUGAACUUUACCUAAUUUGGAGUGAACUAGAGCUGAGAUGCUGAAGUGCCUUUGGGGAGGAGGAGGAAGGAGAGGAGGAGAGAAAGAGGCUGGCAUUGCCUGGGCCACAGGAAGUCAUGCUACAGAGGGACCUUGUGGCGGAAUGCUGGCCUCCACUCUACUCCUGCGUCCACCAGAACUUCCUAUAGGCCGAGUGUAGAAAGAGCAACAGGGGUGUUCUGUUGGAAGUAGAGGAAGGAGAGACAAGAGAUUCAGCAAUAAAAAAGGGAACAUUUCCCCAUGUGUGGAUAAAGAGUGCAGGGAAAGUAGGAAUGCACAACAUGGAAGAGAGGCUGGGGAGUCUGUGCCAGGCAUCCUGCCACCAGUGUAGGGCACAGCUGCUGAGCCCUCGUCAUUCCCAGCAUGUCUUUCUGGUUCUAGAUUUGUCCCUGCACAGCUAGAGGACCAUGGAGGAUGGUCUUCCACCACCCACCCAAACUAACAGGCACAGGUUGGCCUUUGCAAAGAGCCUGUAAGUGAUGAGCACAGUGGGUGGCAAGGGGUGCCAGGAGUCCCACCCAGGGAGGACUUCCCCAGCCAGGACACCGCGAUUUAGACACUUGGUUCUAAUUGGAGUGAGGCAGCUCUUAGGCAGCUCUGCAUCACCUUAGAAAGGUAAACAUCACACCUGCUUCUCUCCUCCCUGGGACAGCUGCUAUGGAGAUCCCAGAGGCAUCAGCCCCAAUAACACAGGGCUACAAACAGAAGUGGUGGCUUCACCUGACCUGUCCAGCAGCCACUGCUUUAAAUUCACAUGACCUGCACCCCAGCCCAGAACAGUAGCCAAAGGCUCGCUUUGCCAGGCCUGCUGGGCAGAAGGUGGCACCUCCCUCUCUCAGGAUUCCCAAAUGUGAUGAAGGGACGCACCUCAGGCUGAGCAGAAAUGCCCGAGAUGGUCUCAGCUUGCCCAAGAGCUGAAGCUUCUCUCUCAGUGACGUUGAGAAAAUCACCCCACACCACCCUGAGAGGUCGCCUCGUGUGGGCGGGCAUGGAGGUGUCCAGCCCCUGAGCGCUCCACCUGCCUCCCUCUUUGACAGCCAUGCACAAAGUAGAAGGUGUGUGGGUCACAAAGGCCAACCCACUCGGCUCUGCCACCGACCAGCUGUGUGCUCUCAGGCAAGUGGCUCAAGCUCUAUUUGAGCCUGUUUCUUCGUCUGUCCAGUGGGGGUUAAGGUAAUACUUAACUGACAACAAGGGUGUAGACAUUAGCAGAAGUGUCUAUAGAAUGCCUCUUGUGCUUGACACACCAUAGCUGCUCAAUGGUCAAUAACGGAUGCCUAUUGGUAAUUGUCCUGGUAGCUAACCUGUGUCCCGGGUAAUGGGAACAUUCCCACCCUGGCACCAUCAAGGUCUGGGCGAUUUGAAGAGGAGGGCACCUGAGAAGGGGAGUACAUGAGAUAUUGAUGUCCCCCCAUUGGGCAGGAAUAAGAAAUUCAAAGAGAGUCCAUGGGAGGUCAGGGGGUAGGUCAGUUCUUUAUACGUAGUUCAGAUAGGAGGGCUGGCAACUUACCUUUUCCAAAUGAAAAUUAAAAACAAAAAAAGCACUGGUAGUUGCCACUACAGGCUAGAGUAAGGUGUCUGAACCUGCUAAUGGUCCCAGGGACAUUUUGUGGGAAUUGCUUUCAAAAGAUAUGACUGCUGAUAGAUUCCAUUGACCCACCGUUAACAUGGCAAACCUGCUUAUUUAUAGCACCAUACAUAAGAUGGUGGGCUGUUUCAAAAGAAUCCAUUAUUUUCCUUUUGAUCAUAUUCCUUAUUUUUUUAACAGGUUUAAAUGUGCAUGAAUGUAUAUUAAUUCUUCAGCCAGUGAACUUUUUUUUUAUUAAUUCAAUUUUCACCUCUCUCGUGACUUUUUUAUUUGGCUGUUAUUUUAUGUUUGUGGUAUCUUAUUUUAAAAAGCCAAAUAAAGAGAAUAUUUUAAAACCAAAUAAAAUGCCCUUCAGCUCCUGAGAGAGAUCAGAAAGCUUGGCAAGGACCCGGGAGUAAUAUAGACCCCAGGAAUGGAUCUUGCCUCAGGGCUGUCCCCCCGCCCCACCCCCCAACCCACUACGGAAGAGUCAGGAGGGGAGGAGUCAGGAGGAGAGGCCGUCUCUCCAUGCUUCUCUGGCCUAACUCUGCUGUGGAUCAGCAGUGCGUAAUCUCGGGUUAGUCCCAUCACCUGGUUUUCCCAUUUCCUCUGCUCCACCUUCCCUCACCAAAUUGAGCAGAGGGUAAUGAGAGAGGGGGAGUUGAAAAGCUUGUUGAAACUAUUCUAUGUUAAGGAUGGAUUUUCCCACCAUCCCUUGCCAGAGUUUCUCAGACCCCUAAACUAUCCAAAGCAAAUGGCACUCUUUUCCCAAUUUUAAACGUCAUUGAGAAAGUAGAUGCCACAGAAUUCCUUAUACUCCCUUUUGAAAUCAUUCCUUAUGCUUUGUUCAGUGGAGAAGGAUCACCAGGGGCACCAACCUCCAGGGAAGUCACCUGAUAAAGUUAGGCAGAUCUUUGACUUCUCCGCCUCCUGUCGAACUCAAGCCAGGACACUCACAUUUCCACUUGGAUCUUAGUCAGACUCCUGACUGCUUUCGUCAGCAAGUCUCCCCCAGGCCUGUGAUUUCACACAUGCUCAUCAUUUAUGAACUUGAGCAUCAGCUACUCACAGGUGACCUUCAGUCUCCUUGCGAGGACAGCUCAUCUCUGGGGCCUCCCACUCCUUGCCGGCAAGGUCAUUUGGUGAGCCCUGUUCAGCAGAACACCAUUUUUCAUUAGCAAGGAUGAAAAAUGCCUGUGUGUCACAACAAGGUGAUCGGUUUGGAUCAAUGCAGACUAGAAAUAGUGCUCCCAAUUAGUUCUAUAGCAAGUUUUAGUUCCCCUAGCAGAGGAAUCUGGGUUUCUCCUCUACUGGAGAGAGAAGCAUUGAAUUUAGCCAAAAGGCAAAGUUGCUGGGACAGCAACUGAAAAAGAAUAAGGGAUGGGAAAUUUCAAAGCAGAGAGGUAAUAGCUGGGAUAUUUUUUCUAAUCUUUUUUUUCUUUUGAGGUAUAAUUACAUCUGGCAAAAUGAACAGAUCUGAAAUGUAUGGUUCAAUGAAUUUGACAAAUGUAUGCAUCAGUGUAACCUACAACCAUCACUCUAGAAAUUUCUCCCAUACCCCUUUCCAGUCCGUUCCACCCCUCUCCCCCAGAGGGAACUGUGAUUUCUAUCCCCAUGGUAGCACAAAUUUAGACUUGCUGGACUUGAGAUCUGUAACUUUGGUCUGAGGUCAUCUGGGCAAAUCGCAAGAAAAUCUCAUCAGCAGCUCAGAUGUCUUUACUCCCUUAGCAUUGAAAGGGUCCUGCCUGAGCCCCUACAGCGCGGCUCCACUGCCCCCAAUACGCCAUCUGACCCCCAGGGCUACUCUCUGAACCACAGCCCUUCUCCCAGCCAAAGUGUUUAGCAUCAGCCUCCCAGGUAAGUAGGUGGGGAAAGCUCUUCAUAACCCGGAUCGUGCAUGCUUUGUUGAUUAAUAUCCGGAAGCGCGAUGCACAGAGCCACAGCAUGUCAAACAGCAUGUUGAUUUUUCUUAAAGCUCUGCACAAAAGGAAGCUAUUCCUUUUGUGUGUUUCCUUUUAGAAACAAAAGAUUUCAUGACCACCUUCUUCCAGGCUUCUAGCCAUCAAGAUGGCCACAGAGCCGAAAUGAUCAGUCAGGGUAGAGGGUGGGUAUUGAAUGUGUGGUUGUUCGUGAACCCAGCACUAAGCCCCUGGUCCAUGAAAUUGAAGGAUCCCAAAUUCUACUGGAUUAGACUUUGCCAAAUGUCUCGAAGGUGAAAAGCACUUUGUCUGUAUGCAAAGCUCGGGUGUCUCUGGAAUGGACCUUCUGCAGCUCAGUUCUAAUCACUAUAUUUUUUCACUUGGACAAAGGCUGCCUGCUAAUAGCAUUUUCAACCACCUUCAGCUGCCUUGCUCAGUUCCGCCAAGGCCUCAGGCUGAGUUGGCUGCAGUUUUCUGGCACCAUGAUCCGUUCCCAACUGACCGGCACUGAGGAACAUCACAUAUUCACGCACUGAAAAAAACCACUUCCCCUGUAACUAUGCAAGGUGCCAGGCAGAGGCAGAAUUACCACUCUCCUUCUUGUUUCCUUCAGAAUCAUCUAAGACGGAGGCAGGGAUGGGGGUGAAGAGGAGGCAGGAGCCCUAGAGGGUACAGGUGGGAGCUCUCCUCUCUCUGGGCAGAGCAGGAAGCUCAGGAGCUCCCAGCAAGCCCCUAGCAGCGUAGGCUUUGUGGCAGCUCACCUCUGAACACAGGUAGCCUCUGCUGUCAGAUUUCACUUUGAUCCCUGAAAACUACAGGAGCCUCAGCUCUUCAGAAGGGAGGCAGCUGCUGAGCCAGUGUGAUUGCAGGAUUUCUUCCCCAAAGCCCGAGGCCAGGCAUCUAGCCAUGCCUGCAUCCUGCAUGAGUAACCACCUUCCGGUCUGAGCCUAUCCUUCCUCGACCCAGGAGGUCACUGCGUAGGACAGAUGGCAGGUGGGCUGAGCUGCCUCCCAAGACGACCCAAACUCUCACGAACCCCCUUAGCAACAGAACUGACAUUUGGUAAAUGCUUGAGCACAGGAGUGGGGAGAGGGAGACAAAAAUGCCAAGGAGCGCCACCUGGAUUGCUGAGAGGUUGGGAACAAUCUCAGGGUCUGUUCUCUGGGCUGAUCAGCUGCACCCCUUCCACCACCCGACCACCCUGCCCCCACCCCUGAAGCCCUAAGAAAUGGAAGCAGCUGGGGGAAGGGGCGGGGCAGGAUUGAUGGGCUGGCCACAGGUCGUUGGAGUCAGAGCUGUGAGGCUGAGCUCAGGACUUAGGCAGGAAGAGAUUAAUUAGCCCCUCCAAGCUCAGCCCAGCCCACUCUAUAGAACUGGGAGGGAUGGGGGCCAGGGGCCUCAGGGCCAAAUUCACCUAAAACAAAUAGACACACAAUCAUCCAGAAAUAGAAUCUCCAACCUCCGUCGUCCCACAGCCCCCUCUCCAGCCAACAUGACUUCAUUACUGAGGAAGAAGCUGUAAUGAGGGUUUGGAUGCCUGGCGAACCUCGCCUUCUUUGUCUCUGGGUUUUUAACAUACUCACUGGCCACAGACUGUUAUUCAGAAGCUUUAGUGAUUUCUUUUUUUUUUCUUGUCGCUAGCUAAAUCAGAGCCCUAAAUGCCGUGUAUGGCAGACCUGGAACAUAUAUAUUUGAGUUUACUAUGUGUAAUUUGUGGCCCUGGUGGAGGAGGGAUGGAAGGAGUGGGGAGGAGCCUGUAUUUGGUGUGUGGUUGCCACAGCAAUAAGCAGCACCAAGAGGAAAGCAUGAUUCCUGGGUGCCUUUCAUAGGAGCGGGGAUGGACGGGGUAAGGGGAGUGGGGAGGUUUGUUAGAGCUCUCUGACCAGGAGGCCCUGGAUUCAUCAGCUCCACAUCUCCCCGGAGAGGACCUCACACACACCCCCAUGCUUCCUGCCUCAGGCCUACAUCGAGAAGACACAUUCCCAGGUGAACCAACUGGAUGACAAAUGCCUCGAGCUCCAUCUGAGGAAGGGCAGUCAAGGAGAGGAACAGCAGUGUGUGUGCCUUAGAAUCCAGGGCUGGAGGGAGUCCUUGAAGGUCGGCCUCUGCCGUCUACAAGCUGUUGUACCUAACUCGCUCUACACAGAGUACCAUCCUGCUUUUAGUGAUUUGCAAAGACUGGCGCUGCAACCCUCUAGGAUUAAAAAAAAAAAAAUCUGAUUAAAGAAUGUUUAGCCCAGUAUAAAUGUAUCCUGCUGCAGGCUAAGUUUAGUGUAUUUGAAGAUUCAGAUAAGAUUACUGAUGGGGAGGUUGUGUGUGUGUGUUUAAGAUAGGGGAGAAAAAAAUGAAAAGUUUUGUCUCACUAGUGAAGAAGUGGAGUGAAAGAAAGGGGGAAAAAGAGCAAGAGAAGGUGGGCGCAGACUUUCCAAUAGCCCCCGAGGGCAAUUCCCUUCCUGGACAAGCUCCCAUCCAUGUCAUCAGAAUUCUCAAAGUCAAGCUGCAUGUCCCUCCAUGGAGAGCUAAGUCAGAUGACACACUGUCCUGCAUCCAGCAAACUCACAGCCCAUGUUGUUCAUUUAUUAGAUUUACCCAUUAUCCAUCAAUUCAUCAAUCAGCAGGUUUAUUGAGUACCCUACCGGGCUUCACAAACCUGAUCAAUUUUUUUUAAUUACAUCCAGCUUCCAUGCAGCCAAGCCCAGUAAACAAGAUGAGCCCUCGCACCCCACUUGGAAAUGACCACGAGGAAUUGCUGGCCCUUGCAAUCUCACACUACGAAACAGCGUAGCCCAGGCUGACGAGCAAUCAUGUGCUGCCCUUCGCGGACGCCGAUGGUGUCACUGACCCGCUGUCAAUAAUAGGAUGGGUUUUGGGUGUUUUCUCAGACACAGUGAUCAAUCUGCUUGGGGCCAGCCACACUCUCCUCUAGACCCCUAUCCGAGGAUUCUGAAGGCUAUAGAUUUCUGAAAAGAGUGAGCAGGGACUGGGUGCAGACGACAUCAAGGGAAAUAGGCUGAGCCCCUGAACCUUGCUUAUCCUUCUCAUCCCUCCUCUUGGUGCCCAGUCCCGCAUCAGAGGCUCCUCAGCCACCUCCUGCUGGGCACAUGAACAAUUGGCUACUCUUAGGACCCCUAUCCCUCAUGCACCAGGCCUCACCAUCCAGUUUAUUUUGUUCAUUUUUGAGAAGAACUGCCAUAUGGGUUUUAAGGAAGGGUGUGUAGACUUCCUGAUGUGGAGUCAUCAUACUCAGCCCCUGGGUACCGAAGAUGGGGAGCCAGGAACAUAGGAGAUGCAGGAGUGCACUUCUCUGGGCCCUACAGCGCUCAUCAGCCCAGGCUCAGGGGAUGCCCUGUACUCUCAGUUCCAGAAGCAGUCAUCCGGAGGACCCGAAGUCUGUGCGUCUCUUCCAGGGAGAACUCAUCCUGCAUUUCAAACAGGAUUCCUAGGUCUUCUGCAUUCUUAAGAAUAGUUAAUUCAUUAGUUCCUAACCACCCAGAUCCUUAGCCAUCAUCUAUUUGGGUCAACCCUCCCUCCCUGAUCUUGCUGGUCCCCAAUCCACCUUUUCCUUCCUCACUUGAAUAACAUUAAGUUCAGGGCCGGCCCACAGGCAUUAAGAGAUGCUCUAAGUAAGGGUUGAAGUGCUUGGUUUUGGGUAAGUAAAAUUCCCACACCCCAAAAAGAAUACCAGCAACUCCCUCACUCCCUAACCUGCCCCAGAGUCCUGGUUGUUCCAACUGCCUGAGGUUAAGGCUCCUAAAGCCAGCGAUUAAAGGGGUCGGGUAGCUAAGACGUUUGGCCUCCACGGCUCCUACAACAAUUAACCCGCCUGUCUGGCUCUCUGUCUCUGUCCCUCUGUGUGUGCGUGCAUGCCUGUGCGUGCCUCUCCGUCGCCUGUCUCUGCAGGGAAAGUCUCUGGCGGGCAAGCGCCUCACCGGCCUGAUGCAGUCCUCCUGACAGUUCCCACCGCGGGGCCCGGGGACGAGGACCACGCGGGCAGGCGGCGGCGCUCCACAUCCACGGACAGAGUCUCCUUACGGGGAGAUUUGGUCACUGUGAAGGAGAAAGAGUGAGGGCGAUGGAGGGCAACGGUGGGGAGACUUGGGGGUGAACAGGGAGACCGGAAGGAAAGCAUCUACAGAGCCUGGGGCCGCCCGGCGGGGGCCCCCAUUUACAGCCCUCUCUUCCUUGUACAGUCGUACGCUGACACCCCGUUCUCUAAGAGGUCCUUAUCCCUAACUCAUUCAGGGGAGAACACCUCGUGGGGCUCCUGUUGUGACUGUCACCUAAGAUUAUAUUCUUAUUAGCAUCACUCCUCCGGCGGCCUGGGGGAUCACGCCUUCUGGCAGACGCAAGAGGGACCAGCCAGCCCUGAGCACAUCCAGUAUUAUGCGCCACCUCCCCACCAUCCCCCGGUGCACCACCACACCCACCAUAGUUACAGCCACUGUGUCGCCCCUGCCUCCCGCUUCCCCCCAUCUCUCUGGCCACCGGGGUGUAAGGGGCCAAGAGCAAGCACCACCCUCACAACGUGUCCCAAUCAUGUCCUCAGCGCCGAGCAACCUCGUGGAUGGCUUCACCUCAAGUUCUUUCAACCCCCUUGGAGGCCAGCUUUCCAAGAGGUCUCCACAGGCCCCGUGGCUGCCCUCUGGUCCUGUCAAAUGUCUCAAGGGUCCAACGCCAGAGGAAGCACCGGUGUAGAUGAAAGAGCUUGUGGUUUACCAGACGUGAAGGUCCUGACCAUCUUUUUAAAAAUUUAUUACUUCGUAAUUUAUUCUGGUUUUGCCCCUUGCUCCUUGGUUUGUUCCCUCAUGUUUUCCUCAAAAUAAACAUGGCCAUGAACUCAGGGGCCAUUGGGAUCCUUCCCUCUGGCAGCCCCAGGUGGAAGCUGGGAGGGCUCCCAGCUGGAAGCGGCUGGGUCACAAGGUGGGCAGUCCUGUGGGCUGGGCCAGGACCCUGCCAGGCCAGGUCUCUGUUGGGUCUGAAGCUGGAGCAGAAUCUGCUACAGAGGGACUAGGCCAGGGCCAAGUGGUUCUGUGACAGCCCAGCUAAGGCAGCCCACUAACCCAUGCCGGUCAUCAAGGGAAAAAGCAGACACAAAGGAAAACCUGCAAAAACCUGCAAAAGACCCACUUGUAUUCCCUUCAUGCGUGUGUCAAAAAGACCGUCUGCCAACUUGGCUGUGAGACCCUGUACGCAAAGCUCCAAGUCAGGUGCCUGAUGCACAGUAGGUGCUUAGCAAACGGUAGCUAGUACUCAUCAUUGUCAUUGUCGUCAUGCAACUCCCAUGAGCCCUCGGACAGAAUGAAUUCAGAGACAUGGUUUUGAAUUGACACCCGCUCCCCCACCUGCUAUUACUAUCCUCCUUUGAGCUAUUUUUGGCCCUAGGUGAGAAAUCUCCCUUGGGACUGUAUAAACAGCAAACAAAGAAGCAAAGAGCAUCACUGGUCCGUCUUUCCUCACAUAGGCAGACUCCCCAGCUGCUGACCAAAGGCUCACAGGCUUGUUCGCAGACCCUGCCUCCUGGGUGCUCCCCUUUGGGCCCCGUGGAUGUCUGAUUCCGCAGGGCCCUAUCCCCAGGACCCCAGCCUUCCAUCCCUUAGCGGGGCCCCAGGGGCAUUCGGAGUCUUGAUCAUGGGUUCUUGACCAUUAUGCCUCAGUUUCCCCCUUUGGCAGUAGUUGCUCUCUCUUCGAGGCACAGUGGAAAUUAGAUGGUGUAUGCUGAGUCCUCAGAGUGUCUUCAAAGAGUCUCAUGGGACACUCCCAUACCCUUGUUCCACGCGACCUCAGCACAGAGCCUGGCACUUGUAGACACUCGGUAACUACUCAAUGAGUAAAGGACUGAGACGAAGCCUGAUCCCAUGUCCUGGGGUCUUUUGACCCCUCUUCUCCUCCUUCCACCCUUUUUUAUCCUCUUGCUUUUCACACAGACCUCAUGUUUCAGAACAAAAUCACAGUUCAAGUUCCUCUGCACCCAGCGUUGCCCAAAGGAACCUCCUCCCUGCCAAGUGUCCCCAGGCUGGGCUGACAUGGAGGUGCAGGGUAUGUGGACAAAGGAAGUUCCAGAACAGUGGGCACCUCUGUGCCCUCAGUUAUCCAGGGCAAGGGCCUGGCUGUCCCUUGCCCUUCCCCAUGGCUGCAGCCAGGGCAGGGUUGGCUUCACUGGCCGUAACUUCCGUGCCCUUCUGGCUGCUACUCCUGAGCGAUGCUAGCCUGAGGCUUGGCCCACCCUGGAAGUCCCCAGAGGGGACUGAGCCAGGUGGACUGUAGCCCUGAGAUGGAGGAGGCUGAAGCCUUCCAGACUCCUCUGGGGACAUCCAGCAGGCUCAACAGAGGAAAAGGCGCUUCAGAAGGACUCAAACCCAGAGCAAUAACCCCCAUCCCACCUCCCAACCAAGGCAUGCUCGGUCCUGCGACCACCAGCACCUGCUUCCCAGUAGAUCACGCCUAGCUAUGGGGCGUGGGACGUGGCUGCUCAGCCCAAGGUCAGUCUACCAUGCAGACCUUAGAAGGCAAGUACACUUGGUCUUGACCAGUUCUCCACUGGCCUGGUCCACGCAGCCAUAAAUCCAGGCCAGAUCAGGCUUUUGAAGGCAGUUCUGUAGCAAAACAGACUUUCCUCUUUCACCAUGUCCUGCCUCAGCUCCCUGACUAGGCGUGGUCUCUGGGCCUGGGGCUCUUCCCAAUGAGGGCUCACAGGGCAAAUAUCAUGUUGGCAGCCCCACAGUCAAAGCAUCAGGAUGGCCUUAGAUGUGACCAUCCACCCAUCAGGCCAGACACACAGGCACCGGGCCUCUGCCUACACGGACGAGGAGAACUUGUAGAUUGGCUCACGUAAAUGCCCAGGAGCAGCCCGAGGGCCUGACCAGAGCAGCAGGAACUCUCUGGGCUGCAAGAGGGCUCUGCCCUUCCAGAAAGUGAUGCUUUGUUCCCCUGGGAAGGUCUUGCUGCACCACAGGGACAGAGCAGGGCCUGGCCCGCCAGUGCAGUCAACUGGGCCAUGCUCCAGCCCCACGACUGCCCAAGGGUCAGGCCAGGCCAGCGCCCAGGAGGAACCUCUCAUGUCUCUGAGUUGUUUCUUGGACCAGUGAACACAGGGGGAUAUGCUCCAGGGGCUUCUCCCCAGGCAGGAUUGCUGGUGUGUUCAAACUACCUCACCGACAGGACACUGAACCAGGAGACUGCCACCCGUCUGGCCCCUUGGCUGGUUGUGACAGUUGACGUUUUUCCUAAAACACACCCUUCCUGUUGUGCUCCAAAUGCAUGGGCUUCAAAAGCCACCACCAGGAAGUCUUCCCAGACGCUGGAAAGGAUUGAGGGCUGUUGGUCUUUGGGCCUUGCAGAAAGUGCUGGAGGAGAGAGGUGUUCCAGCAAGGUCCGGGAGCUGGAAAGCCCUGCGGGGAGAAAGAUGACAUGCCACCAGCCUCCAAAAGGGCUGAUUGAGUUGAGUGUACAGCAAGGACCAUGUGUGGCACAGUCAAAUAGUGGCCAAAUGAAUCCCUGAUAACUCACCACUGGACCUUCUGAAGAAAGAUCUGUGCUGGUGUAACCAUGGCAACGGCAGACGCCAGCAGCCUACUCAUUAGUACCACCCAGUGAUAAGACGUCCCCUGGGUACCACCCAGGGGUCAUAAAGUAGCAAAGUAGCAAAUGUAGCAAUAAGGGACCUGGGGGCUGUAAAGGGACAGGGUCCAAAUAACCCAGCCUUGCCCUUUCCCCAGUCCCAGUGAGGUCUCAGAGCCAGCUGCUGUCAGCUGUCCCGGGAGAGAGGCCCUGCUUCAUGCCGAGGGCUCCUGGUCUAUAUUCUAUGCCCACUCACCGCAUGAUCACGGACACAGCAGAAUGGCCUUCUCGUAGUGCAUGUGGUUCUCAUUAGUUUAUUUUUCUGGAAUUUGGGGAUUGGACCCCAGAACCAAACAUGCUGGUACAGUCUAAAAAUAAAUGACUUGAACCCACUACAAUCCA